AUGACGAGCGGCAUGCCCAUCAUCCACCACGGCCACGACCACGGCGGCGUCAAGCCCGGCGGGCUGUGGCUCGACCUCAACCACCCGCCGUGCGACGACGACGGCUGCGACGCCGAGGUGGAGUGCGGCCACAUUAAUGCCGCCGCCGCCAGGAUCACGUUCCAUCAGUUCCUCGACACUGGCACCAUGGCCGUCGACUGCCUUGGCUACUAG